AUGAGCAUUCUGCUGGUCGGUGCUGGGACAACGGUUUCUGUUAUAAUACUAUUGAUCUCCAAUCAAAAUAAAAGGGUCGACCUAGUCAACUACAGUAAUCUGACAAUCAUCUACUCACUCGAAGGAUGUUUGAUAUCAAUCCUGGCCGUGAUAACGUGCCCCAUUUCAAAAGCGCUGCUCACCUCGUUGCUGUCUGCGAAGAAAAAGAAGGCGAAGGUGGGCACGGUUCCCAGGCAGCAGUUGUACUGCUCGAUUGAGCUGCGAAGUCGUCGUAAGUCUGGCGCUCCGGUUCAGUCCAGUGUUCAGGAUGCAGAAGUUCAUUCGACGCCAACACCGCCACCGCCGCAAACUCUUCCGCCUAUCGAGCAAAGCAAACUCACGUUGUCGAAACACCAGCAACUGGAAGUCCCAAUCGAUAAU